AUGGAAAGGCCCUGCCUACAGUUGCAUGAGACGAUCAAAUUUGCAGCUUAUAGACAGAACUUGGUGCAGACCUCAAAGGCCAGCGGUGGAAGUGACGUCAUCGAAUCUUUCAGACCGGAUCUGGAAGUUAUGACUUUCAAUAUCGGAGGCACCAAGUUCCAGACUUCGCGACGCUCCUUGCUAGCGAUACCGAACACGAAGCUGGCUGACAUAGACAUGCAUAGAACUCAGUAUCCAAUGAUAAAAGGGGCCUAUUGGUUUGACAAGAACCCGACUGUUUUCGCCGCCAUAUUGGAUUGUUUGCGGAAUGGUGCCCUGCACGUGCCAGACGGGAUUUGUACAUCAGCAUUUUUACACGAAAUGUGUUACUGGCAGAUACCCAAGUCCUAUAUCGCCUCCUGCUGUUUGUCCAAAGUUGCUGCUUCUAGUUCGGAGAAAGAGGCUGCAGACGUCGUUUGGAAAGAAAUGAUUGACGAAGACCCGGAUAGGUUUUCCAAGCAGUUACCAUUCUUAACGGGAGUACGCAAGUUACAGAUGCAGGCCUGGUUGUUUUUAGAAUAUUCGAAUUACUCUACCCCAGCUUUGAUUUGGGCCAUUUUAUACAAUAUUGUCCUUGUAUUGUCGAUAGUGCUACAAGGACUAGAGACGUGCUCCAUAUUCCAGGAAGAUAUUCCAAUAGAUAACAACUCAUACACCAGUCAGGCUCUGACCACUAAUCCAGUCACAACGGUCACACGAUCAGAAUGUCCCAACACUAUUGAUAAACCACAGGAGGCACGGAGACCGUUACGAUUCUUCUUCUAUGUCAAUAUCUCGAUGAUAUCUUUCUUUAUCGUGGAGUUACUACUGCGCUUUUUCAUUGCCCCGUCCAAGAGAUCGUUUUUUUCUUGUCCUUACAACAUUAUCGACUUUAUCACGAAUGUUUUACUCACCGUUAUGUUGGUUGUGGAGAAUACGUGCGAAAACUCAAAAAAACCUGCCUGUACCUACAUCAAAUAUAUCGCGGGUCUCUGUAAGGUGAUGAGGGUCAUCCGCAUUAUGAAACUCUCGCGAUGUUUUGCGGGAUUGAAGGUCCUGCUGCUCGUAUUCAGGAGAUCAUUCUACGAGUUAUUGACUCUAAUGUCUUUUUUGUUGGUCGGAAUGUUGAUGUUCUCAACUAUGAUAUAUUACGCGGAGUUACAUAGCGGGAGUCGAAUGAGCAAUGUGCCGCUCGCCUAUUGGUGGAGCUUGGUGACGAUGACAACUGUAGGCUACGGAGACUACUAUCCGACAACUGCGCCUGGAUACGUCAUUGCCAUAAUGUGUGCUAUUUGUGGAAUAAUAAUAACAGGACUGGCCAUUCCGAUAUUGGGAAAUAAUUUUGCCAAGUAUUAUGACUUGGUGGCAAGCUGCAAGGCCAAGAUGUUAGGAAAAGAGGAACGAGCUGAUCCUAACUACCCCCGACCCGCUAUUGUCGAAAAUGGUAACUUAGUAUAUCAGAAAGAAAACGUACGAAAAAACACUCAAUACGCCAACAACAGUUUUUCGAUGAUGGUAUCCGAGACAAAUGGAGCAGGACUCCAUUGACUGAAGCAGAGGAAUACACCAGUUAUAGAUGGAAUGGGACUCCUUGUAGCAAAUAAGUAAAGCAGGCAGGCACUGGUUAUUAAUGCUAUCUAUGGGAUCGCCUCUCAAGGAGUUCGGAGCAUUUAGCGCCCGGAACCUGUCACUUGAAACGAGGUGGGGUUCAUCCCAAGCUCAACCUCAACCUUCCUGUGGCUUGAGUGGCAUUCAGCAUAACACGCGAUCAAUCUGAUGGUACGGACGCUACCUAAAGGUGUGUGACUUUGCAAAAUGAGACAGUGGCAUCAGCUUCAGCAAUGGUGCGAUAUUAGUCGGGUAAGCUAGUGUUAAUCAUAUGUCCUGGAAUAAGGUAUGCAUGACGGUUGGGUAUGCUGAAUAAGUAAACAUAAACAAAAACGGGCAACCUGAUUGGCCAGAAUGCCAUCACGUGAUGAAUUCAUUUGGACAACGGUAGUGGGGAACAAGGUCACUGGAAUUGUAUUCAGCCAGAGCAGUUAGUUAUUGAGUUUUCGAAUAUAGAUGACGAUACCCAUGCUCUUGUCUAAAUCUGCCCCCAAUCGUAAUGGCAACAAUUCGAGUUUUUAUUCUGAUUUGGGCCACGUACAAGUGAUAUUUUCUCGUUCUUUAUCUACCUUGUAUCAUUGAGCCACCUAGUGAAGGAGACUAUUUUAAUGUGCGGCUACUAUAAAUAUACACACUGUAUCAGGUGGCCGUCAGCCGAGAUGAAAUAUUUACCGAUGAAUAAGCACUCUUAAGUGAAUUUUCUGGACAUAGUAAGGCCUACAUGAACAAUCAUGUGGUCGAUCCAGGGCUGGCGCGAUACCAGUCAGGCCAACUCAUGAAAGUUGAUGGUCUCAAUUUUUUUGUGUAAGGUUGCUAAACAGCUUUAAAAUCUGCUCUUAUUAUCAAUCAUUCGCCCAAACUGGCCUGUUAUAAUAUGCGUCUUUGCUCGGCCGAUGUGGCCUGUUAUAAUAUGCGUCUUUGCUCGGAUGUGGCCUGUUAUAAUAUGCGUCUUUGCUCGGAUGUGGCCUGUUAUAAUAUGCGUCUUUGCUCGGAUGUGGCCUGUUAUGAUAUGCGUCUUUGCUCGGAUGUGGCCUGUUAUAAUAUGCGUCUUUGCUCGGAUGUGGCCUGUUAUAAUAUGCGUCUUUGCUCGGAUGUGGAUAAAAUAUACCAAUUCAUCAAUUUCAGUCGUUUUGAACAAAUUAGCUAUGUAUUUAAUGCAUUUAUUUGAUAUCUCUU